GCGCACCGGGGCGAGGGGUGCUGGGCACAGCGCCCUGCCCUGGAGGCCAGGAGUGCGUGCCUUACGGUCUCUGGAUGCCCCGCCGCGUCCUGCCGCGCAUCCUGCCCGGAUUGUCGCGGGCCGGGGGCGCGAAUGGAGGCCGGGGCCUGCCCGGGCGCAGCGGCCUGCAGGGCGCGACCGUCCCUCCGCCAGCCAGGGUCGCCUCGCUCCGCCGACGGCCGCGGGAGGCCCUCGAGACAGCUGCUGCCCUCCGCAAAUACCCCUUCAGCUCCUGCGUGCGGGCUCCGCCCUGCCCUGCCCUCUUCGUGUGGGACGCGGUUUCGUCUUCAUUGCAGCUAUGCGGAGUCGGAAGCAUCUCCAUUGUGCAGAUGGGGAAACUGAGGCCCAGAGCACGCAGUUGGGCUAGCCACGGAGGCAGGGCCGCCGGAGGCUGUGUGGGAAUGGGGCCCCGCACCCCUUGCGCCUGUCACCAUGGGGCCUCGGGCCCCUGUGCCCGACAGCCUCUCUGGAGUGGGCAUUUUGAACGAACUUCCUCCUCAUUUUCACACAAAGCCAAAUCUGACGACCGUGCUGGGGCGGAUGUCUGCCCCCUGGUGACCAGGUCACAGCUUCCUCGGGAAGACGAUUGUCUGGAGAAUGGGGACCCUGGGGAGUGGGCCUUGAGGGUGCCAUCUGUCUGUUUACGCGAGAAAACAGACAUUUCUGUUUUCCUUCGCUGGGCUCACAGCAGGUGCUUAAUAAACAGAUCUUGUGGCGGGAGCAGAGGCCAGCGGGGUUCAGGCAAGACUCCAGGAGUCGACCCAUGGAUCUCUGGGGCUCUCCAACUACGCUCAUUUACCUGA